GGAAAUCGCCAAGGGUCGACCUAGAGGUUGUGGAUUUGACCAGAGACUUAGUGUUACAUAAAUAGCAACGUGGCUUACUACUUCUAUGGAAUAUUUGUAACAGACUUUCGUUGGAUAAAUUCCAAAGUUCAAGCAAAUAUGGAACAGUCGUCUGGGACACCGAACCUCAUCGUUAACGAAACUUUAAACACUGAUAUGAUCAACAACGAACAAAAACAUGGACAUAACAGUAUCCAACCAAAGGAUAUUCAUAUAUCAAGUACUUCAGUAUCUGUACAUCAUCGUCGCAAGCGGUCGCAUAUAUCAUCAUUAUCGGGGCCUGUGCAUGCAGUUAAUCAUAUAGAAGCACCCACAUAUGGAGAAUAUGAAUUUCCAUCGUUAAAAGAUCAUGUUGACAUUGUAGAGUCGGCAGACGAGGAAAAUGUACUUCUUAGUUGCAAUCCUGAACAUUUUCUGCGUAGUGAUUCAACUUUUGGUGAAAAAUCCGUCGAUUCGCUAAAGCUCGCUAAACUCGAUCCGGAAUUCCGUGACUUAAUCUCACGUUAUGUCUGCUCGGAAUAUGUAGUUCAUUGUCUUGAACUGGCAGGCUUUUGUACACCGUAUGUUGUCGCCCGACUAGAUGAUCAUCAGUUACAGAGGCUUGAGACGUUUGUUGGACAUGCUUGUUCGAUUAUGAAGUCAAUUACCUUACGAGAGCAUUUCGUAGGGCCCAUUUUUGCAAAUGAUCCAUUAAAGUUUAAACUACCCUCAGGUGCUGCUUGUGGAAUUCUUUUGGCUGCACACGAAAUUCGUCGGAGGUAUCGUCGAUCUCAGUUAUCGAUAGAGGGUCAAAAUCCUAUUGAUGAGGAUUUCAUAAUUGUCCCAGACUCAUGUGAUCAGAGCUUCAGUGAUAUAGGUUGUCAAACAGAUUCUUCAUUGUCUCACUUAAUUUCUUCAACAUCUUCACCGCCUGUUAUCUUGGCUGACCCAUUACCAAGCAACUUUGUGGAAAAUUCGGAUUCAACAUCUCCAACAUCGGUGGUAAAUUUGACGUCGAAAACCUACUUUUCAGAUUCCCCGAAUCCCUCACGUAGGUCAGAACCAAGUGUUCCACCUUCUGACGGACCAGCAGUGAUCAUGGCUGCUGCUCUCCAAGCUGCCGCAGCUGCUGUGAGUGGAAAUGGAUACAAUAAUAUCACUUUGUUUUCUAAUUCCUUACCCGAUGAAAACAGUUUAACGACACUCUCUGGUUUAAGUAGCUGUAACUCUGGUGAUACAAAUCCUGUGCUUCAUCCAGGAACUAGCAUCUCUCCUGUUUCAUCACGUAAUACGAUUCCAGUGUCAAAUAUGCCUUCUGUCGCCAUCACAUCAAAUGCUAUACCAUCUCAUUCUAACUUUUUGAUCAGUUCCUCUCCAGUCGGAUACGGAAAUGGAUUAUUUGAGAAUGAAGGAGUCAAUUUGGAGCGCUUGAAACAGCAUUCUUCAGCUAGUGCAAUCAGGUUAGCAUCACGACAGUUUGUUAACGCUUACCUUAUGCGUGGUCGAGAUUUUGAUAUGGAAAUGGAAUUGUCAGUGACUCCUGAGGGUUUUAAACGUGUUACUGGUAUAUUUUAUUGUCAUCUCUGCAGAGAGAAACGUGAGCGCACAUCAGCCGUACGCUUUUCCAUAGCCCGCAACAGGUAUCCAGUUUUGAGUAAUGUAUUAUCGCACUUAAAAACACAUUUUCAUUAUCGGGGUCAAACGUUAUCAGGAUUGCAGGCUGCGGUCACCCAACAAACUCAGAACUUACUCAAGUCGGCUAAUGCGCUUAAUGAGUCUUUUAUUGGAGAAGGUUUAGGUCAGUCUCCAGGACCGUUCAACAGUUCGAGCUGUCGCACUGAUUUUACGGUACAACAUACAACUAAUUCAUCUAAUACAUCGCUUCUGCCAACAUCUAUUUCUCUUAACCAAUUUCAGUUACAAAUGAAACCUGAACCAGGAAACUGCACGUAUACUAUUGAAGCUGAGGGCAUUGAAGACUCUAGUUCUGUGCAUCAGAUUUUAGACAGUUUAUCUCCGCCAAAUAGAUCAAACUCACCGGAUACCAAAGGUUCGUCUCCCACUCGAGGUUUGGAACUCAAAGUCAUUAUCCCAUCGCGACCAAAUACAGAUAGCCAAUGUAAUACGCUAACUUCGUGAUGUACAUCCUAUAACUUUUCCCCACAAAUAUAUGAUUCUCAUGUUAUGAAUACUGACGUGCCUGUUCCAAAUAUUUUUUUUCAAGCAUUAACACUUUGAACAUGUAUACAAUGUUUAUUUAGCAUUUCUAUCCAUUCCAUAGAGAAAAUUGUGUGUAAAUACCAAUAGUUUAUUAUCAUCGAUAUUCAGAUAAGUGUGUAUAUUUGUAUAUAAAUCCUUUUAUUAAGUACUCAAUCUUCCUUUAUUUUUACAGUUUAGAAGUAUUUUUCAUCUUAGAAUAAAAUCAAUAGACAAACAGUUGGAAAUCACAAAACAGAAGAAAUCCAGGACUCAUCAGAAGUGCACAGUGAUGACUUUAUACGGGAUCGAAAUCCUGAGGUCCCGGGCAUUACAACACAAUGUUCAAUUAUUGAGGAUUAGUAAAUCUCUUCUCAUUUAGUCAUAGUCAUUUACUGGUGAGUUUGUAACAGUGCUAUAUUCAGUGUUAAGAUGUUUGAUGAUAAAACCUCUCAUAGGUAUUUUAGGGACGUUCUCAGUGGGGUGGUAUAAUAUUCGACCAGUUGUGGAAGGAACAAUAUUAGGGUCUGAUGACCCUAAGUUCUUGCUCUAAGUAUUACAAGACCAAUUAGGAGUAUUGACGUUGUUAUUUGUUUAAAAAUUAGUGUAGUUUAACGCUUCUGAUUAGGGCCUAAAUAAAGCCGAAUAUGGAAAAAAGACUACGCUUGUACAUCUUUCCUGUAAAGUGUUUGUAUGAACGUCGGUGCUACGUGGUGCUUUGAAUGAGAUACUGUGCAGCAAAAAGGCGGCACUGCGUCAAACUAUUGUCUCACUCACCAACUUUGUUUCAAAUACUAGGAAAGCUAAUCGGAACACCUAUUUAGUUAUUUCGACAUACAGUUGGACAUAAAACUGCAAUUUAAAAAUCCUGAUUGCAGAUAAUCAAUAUAUUGUUUAAAUUUUACUAAAAUUGUAAAAAUGCGUAACAAUGUGUCCUCACUAAGUGUCGAUUUUCCAUCUACCUGUUCGUUCCACACACUUUCAGCUACUUAUUAAAUUUGAAAUCCAUUUUAUAAGUUGCUCCAGACGUAAUCGUAAUUAGGAAGUGGAUUACACUUAGUUACGAUGAUGAUUUCGAUUAUUUUUCAAAAUUACAUACUUUAAAGAUGCAGAUUAUUGUUUGUGAUAAUUACUAUUCACUGGUUACUACAACUGAAGGGCGUUGAUUACUGAAAUCGAUAAGCGAUUUUCCACGAAACAACUUUUCACCCCACAGACAACUUCUAGUCGAUUUUAUCGCACUUGAUGAUCAUGAUAUUUUAGGGAUUUUUUAGAGAUGGUGUAUUACCCUAAAAUGUUUUCAUUAGCAUAGCUAUUGUUUGGUAGGUUUAACUAAUAAAAAAUCAAUUCACUUUAUGAAGCUGGUCAAGCUCACUGAUGUGACCCUGUUAAACUUAAAAAUAUACGGCCGCAGUACAUUCGUCUAAAAUAAUCUCUUAUCAUAAGACGAUGGUUUAGCUCACUAUGUUAUUCUUAUGAGAGCAGCCAUAUUUCAUGCAAAUGAAAUAUACAAGGCAACAGAGUUUUCGUAAAAAAAAUUGUCUUAUGAAAUAUGGAGUUCUGUGAUAUUUUGCAAGACAUGAAUACUUAUAUAAAUGCGCAAACUCUACGAACAAAGUUAAGUUCGAUUCCACAUAACGUUUGUUGGGAUAUCUAACGCCGCUGAACAACUCACAAGCACAACGUGAAUCGUAAUACUAACUAAUUAGUAGAUGUAUACAAUUAGUAUGCUCUAAUUUAUAAGUCGCUAACUAGUAGAUAUGAUACCUAGCCUACCUUUGUAUGUUUGUAUAAUGUAACUGAGUUUAUUAUAUUUGAGCAAUGAAAUAAAGCAUUUUGCAGCUAACCAGUCAACUUUUUAUACAUUUGCAUUUGUGAACUUAAAAAGUGUGAAAAACAACGAAUUAAACUAUGUAAUAAUAAUGUGGUGAAAUGUAUGGAGUGUAAUGAAUUAAAUUUAAUGGAUUAUUACCUGGGUUUAAUGAGAAAUGGAGACAGUGAAAAAAGACUAUGCGACCGAUUAAGGACAAUU